AUGUGGGUAGAGCCACUAGGUCCCUCGGCGCAUGUAUUCUCACAGAGUGAAACACCAAAGCGUCGUCGAAGGUUCAUUGCGUCCUCACCGCCCCAACUGCCUUCGCCUGCACAGUCGCCGUCCUCAGAUGUAUUGCUUGAGACCCGUUCAUCGCCUGGCACGGUGGAUUCUUUGGCUUGGUCUACCCCAUCAUCACCACUGGAAUAUCAACUAGUUGGAACGGAUGAUAACUCUGUUCAUGAUGCAGAAGAGCAAAGUCCAGACCAGAGCCUGGAUCUGCAUAACCCCGUGGCAGUGAUCCCCCGGCCUCAAGGAUUCAUCAACCAUCUCUCCACUCACGAAACUCACUAUCUCCAAUAUCACAUGGAGCAAGGGUCCCGGCUACUAGCAAACCUAGAGAGCGGUGACAACCCUUUGCGGUCAUUGUUGAUUCCAAUGGCAAUGUCAUCCCCUCUGCUGAUGAAAGCCGUCUGUGCCGUCUCCGCCCUCCACCUAGCGAACCGAUCCCAAGGCUUCGGUGCACACACAGCUGCGGUAAACUACUACAGCGGGACGCUUAAUGGUCUCCGAUCAGCACUGAUCAAAUGUCCAACCGAGGUUUUCCCCGACGAUGCUCUACUAGCAGUGGGUCUACUCUGCAAAUACGAGAUCGUACGUGGCAGCAUUAAGCAGUGGGUUGUUCACCUUAAUGCAUUGCAACGCUUGAUCGUCUCCCGUGGAGGCUUUGCCUCGAUGGAUCGAGCCGCGGCCGAGUUCCUACGUGGACUAUUUGUCUAUGCCUAUAACAUGGCCAAGAUCAGUAAUCGAAACUGCAACACUGCUAUUGACGUCACUGUAAAUAGUGACAUCGGCGUCCCAAAAUUGGAUAUCUACAUCGGCUACACCGAAGAGAUCCUCAAACUAUGCGCACGUAUUGCAGAGCUACCCUCUUUAAAAGAUGAUGCCUUGGCUCUUCGUCUCAGCGUCGCGACUAUAAAUGAGUCCCUCCUCACAUGGUCUCAUACUUCAACUCCUUAUAUAAUCCCGCGAGGCACAUCACCAGCAACCCUAACACGCCUUCAACUGGUAGCCGAAUGUUUCCGCGAUGCAGGCUUCGUCUACCUCUACUCAAUCAUGGAACGAAUCGACAGAGACCAUCUAAAUACCACCGUCACCACAACGCCCAAUAACACCAUUAAUCCCCAAUCACUCGAAACACGAUCACUAUCAGCACAGGAUUGGCUCCCUUUAAUCUCUACACCCAAAUCCCUCGCCGUAUACCGCUGCCUCUCCCGCGUGGAGACCUUCCCACUAGAUGACCACUGCGAAUACUCAGCGCUCACAUUCCCGCUUUUCAUCUCAGGCUGUGAGAGCGAGAAUAUAGCAGAUCGAGAGGUCGUACUUCGGUCGUUGGGAAAACUACAAGAUAAUUUUGGGAUUGGCAAUGUCCGGCGCGCGAAAGAUUUAUUAGGGAUAUUGUGGGCGAGACGGGAUGCUGAUCGUGACGCUGAAGUUGCUGGGCUUGGUAAUCUCCGAAAGGUGCAUUGGUUGGAUGUUGUUGAGGAAUUGGGGUGGGAGCUUAUUCUUGCAUAG